UCCCAAUUAUCCACGUAGCUGCCAUAGUUUACUGUCGCUGAGGUCGUUAGCCUGAUAGGUGGCAUUCAUACACAUAUAAUUACUGACAACCAAGAGGAAAACAGUGGCUUUUGAAACAAUGACAUUAGGCAUUGACUUCGAAACUCUGUACCAAGACUUUUUGGUAACAUGCCCCCAUAUAUGCCAGACAUUGUUGUGGGUUUUGCUUGGAAAAAUUCUCACUUAAAUAGCAUCUCUGUUAUCUCUGAAUCAGAUGCCAUCUAUCCCUCCUCUCUCAUCAAUCCAAAAAAGGACAUCCUCGUAGAUUCAUUGUUGGGGAACUAAGAGUGAAAUCUUUACCUAGCAAUGGAUAGAAAUCAGUUGGGAGUUCUUACUGCACUUGAUACCGCCAAGACGCAAUGGUACCAUUUCACUGCAAUCAUAAUUGCUGGGAUGGGAUUCUUUACAGAUGCAUACGAUCUAUUUUCCAUCUCACUUGUUACCAAGUUACUCGGUCGUAUAUACUACCAUGUUGAUGGAGCAGCAAAACCUGGAACGCUGCCUCCAAACGUCGCCGCCGCAGUCAAUGGAGUUGCCUUUUGCGGUACUUUAGCUGGUCAGCUCUUCUUUGGUUGGCUUGGCGACAAGUUGGGCCGAAAAAAGGUCUACGGCAUGACCCUGAUGCUUAUGGUCAUCUGUUCUAUUGCUUCAGGACUUUCCUUUGGACAUUCUGCAAACGGUGUAAUGGCAACACUUUGUUUCUUCAGAUUCUGGCUUGGUUUUGGCAUUGGAGGUGACUAUCCGCUCUCUGCAACAAUCAUGUCUGAAUAUGCUAAUAAAAGGACUCGUGGGGCAUUUAUUGCGGCAGUGUUUGCAAUGCAAGGAUUUGGGAUUCUUGCAGGUGGGAUUUUUGCUUUAAUUGUGGCCUCUGCCUUUGAUCAUGCGUACAGCGCCCCUACAUAUGAACGUAAUCCAGUAGGAUCAACCGUGCCAGAAGCAGACUACAUCUGGCGAAUCAUCUUGAUGUUCGGGGCUAUACCAGCAGCUAUGACUUACUACUGGCGAAUGAAGAUGCCUGAGACAGCUCGUUACACAGCCCUUGUCGCCAAGAAUGCGAAACAGGCAGCUUCAGACAUGUCCAGAGUACUGCAGGUUGAUCUUGAUGCAGAAGAAGAGAAGGUGGAAAAGAUAUCUCACAACCCAACAAACUCAUUCGGCCUUUUCACUAAACAAUUUGCUCGUCGUCACGGGCUUCACUUGCUUGGAACUACUGUCUGCUGGUUCUUGUUGGAUAUUGCAUACUACAGUUCAAACCUAUUCCAGAAGGAUAUCUUUAGCGCAAUCGGUUGGAUUCCCCCAGCUCAAACAAUGAAUGCAAUUCAUGAAGUAUUUGUUAUUGCAAGAGCACAGACACUUAUCGCCUUAUGCGGUACAGUUCCUGGAUACUGGUUUACAGUGGCUUUUAUUGAUAGAAUAGGAAGGUUUAUCAUCCAAUUGAUGGGAUUCUUCUUCAUGACUGUGUUUAUGUUUGCGCUGGCAAUACCUUAUCAUCACUGGACACUGAAGGAUAACAGAAUUGGGUUCUUGAUCAUGUACUCACUGACAUUCUUCUUCGCGAAUUUUGGACCCAAUGCCACAACAUUUGUAGUGCCAGCUGAGAUUUUCCCAGCAAGAUUAAGGUCAACUUGCCAUGGAAUAUCAGCAGCUUGUGGAAAGGCAGGUGCUAUUGUUGGUUCAUUUGGGUUCUUGUAUGCUGCACAGAGUACUGACCCUACAAAGACUGAUGCUGGUUAUCCAACUGGGAUCGGAAUGAAAAAUUCACUUAUUGCGCUUGGUGUGAUCAAUUUCUUUGGAAUUUUGUUCACUCUGUUGGUGCCCGAGUCAAAGGGGAAAUCUCUGGAGGAGCUAACAGGAGAAAAUGAGGAUGAACCACAAGAAGAAGCUAUUUCAAGUAGGACAGUUCCUGUAUGAUUUGGCUACUAUAAAGAAGGUAUUAUCUUGUAAUGGAAAAUUAAUGUAACUUCUCAGGUUUUAGUUUAUCAUGCCUCUCUGUGCUGAAUAAGUAUCGACAUAAUGUAAGAAUAUAUAUAUAGUGCAAUCUCAGAUCCAUUUAUCAA